AUGGCGAACCUUACAAACACUAUGGAGGCUAACACUGUUGCGACUCUGCAAGCUGUGCAGAGGUUAGGCCAACCGGCCGGAAAUAGAGACGGGAAUGGCGAGGAAAAUGCGAAUGACAAUGCUGAAGGGAGCAGAGGUAACACGGGAGGUACUCCGAUGACCUUGGCGACUUUUCUCAAGGUUCAUCCGCCAAGUUUCAGAGGUUCAACAAAUCCUACAGAAGUGAACAACUGGUUUCAAGUGAUGGAGCGUGCGCUACAGGCACAGCAUGUUCCGCACAACCAAUAUAUAGAGUUUGCUACUUAUCAGCUUCAGGAAGAGGCCCAGCAUUGGUGGCAAGUAGAGUGCCGCUUGUUACAGCUUCAAACACCGACGUUCCUUAGGAUGUGUUCCAAACGGCCUUCUACAAGAAAAUAUACAAGCAAAUUUGAGGAACUUUGUAGGUUUUCUAAGGCGUGUCAAGGUGCCCCGGAGGCCUAUGAAAGCUGGAAGUGUGUCAAGUAUCAAAGGGGUUUGAAGGAUGACAUCAGGACGGCUGUGGCUCCUAUGGAGAUCCGUAUUUUCUCUAAUCUGGUGAAGAAGGCAAGAGUGGUUGAAGAGAAUGCGAAGACGGUAGCCUCGUCAUGGGCACUCAUGGAGUAA